GGUACCAUUACAUAUUAAAAUUUUAAAUAUUUACAUGAGAAAGUGUAUUUUACAAAGAAAACUUUAACGGAAAAAAAAAAUGAAUUAAACAUAGGUAGACACAAUAUUUGUUCAUGACGCGUGACGUAAACGAGUUCGAGUUUCAUCAGGUUAUACGACGAAGCUUUUACAGUCGAUAUUAAAGUUGUUUCGGGUACUGGAUACUUGGCCUAUUUUUUUAGUACCCGGUACCUAGACCAUAAAACAUUUUUUUAGAGGAUUCCGGGUAAUACAUAGUACAUACUGAAGUGAAUUAAAUGGAUUAAUCCACAUUGGUAAAUACAUAAUAAUAAUCGAUUGUUAUUAAUAUUUAAGCUCCAUAUCCCCCCCCCAUUUGGAAUUUUGAAACAGAAUUAACAAAAUUCGAAAUUCCAAAGUGGGGGGGCUGGGGAAAUGGAGCUUAAUAUUUAUCUACGGUGUCAUUUUUUUGCAUUCUUAAAGAUAAAAAAGAGAAAGAUAUGUUGGAAGCUCUGAAGAUGUUGUGUUAGAGAAAGAUGCAGAGAAUAAGCUGGAUUGAGAGAAGAUCGAAUAAAGAAGUCUUGAGGACGAUAGAUGAAAAACGAACAUUGAUAGACACUAUAAGGAGAAAGAGAUGGCAGUUGAUAGGACACACGUUGAGGUACGGGGAUGAACUGCAUAGUUUAAUAAUUGAAGGAAUGAUAGAAGGAACAGGAUCAAGAAGAAGACUCAGGACAAAAUACAUUAGUCAUGCAUUGAAGGAUGCAGGAGUCACUUCCUACAGGGAUCUCAAGAAUAUGGUGUAUGACAGGAAAAAAUGGAAAAGUCAUUAAUUGUAAAAAUUUAUUAAUAUCCAUUACCAGGUACUCGGUCAAACUUAAUACCCGUAACAACUCUAAUCGAUGUACAUAUUAUAUGAUAUAUAUAUAUAGAUUUUUAAAUACUCUAAUUAAUUUGCAAAAUGGACUACAAAACGUCCAUUUCCAUAUUUCUGGUGGCUAUAUAUAAG